AUGCACGCUAAGGCCCUCGGUCUGCGUGCUCUCUUUACGGACCACUCACUGUUCGGGUUUGCUGAUCUCUCCUCCAUCCUCGCCAACCGUGCGCUUUUUAUGUUCCUAAACGUGGUGGAUAACUUUAUAUGUGUCUCCCAUGUGGCCAAAGAGAACACUGUACUGCGUGGUGGCAUGGAACCAGAACGUGUUUACGUCAUUCCCAACGCCAUUGACCCCUGUGCUUUCACUCCUGAUCCUGCCCGCCGUGAUCCAAAUAAUAUCACCGUCGUCGUCGUCAGUCGAUUGGUUUACAGAAAAGGUGCAGACCUAUUGGCUGCCAUAAUUCCACCGUUGUGCUCCACUUUUCCUAAGCUUCGGUUUAUUAUUGGUGGCGACGGUCCAAAACGAUUAGCACUGGAGGAGAUGCGAGAGCGGCACAAUUUGCACUUUCGUGUGGAGAUACUGGGCGCCUUGCCAAAUCAUAAAGUUCGUGAUGUUCUUGUUCGCGGUGACAUCUUCCUCAAUGUCUCCCUCACAGAGUCCUUUUGCAUUGCCAUUGUAGAGGCUGCAAGCUGCGGGCUCCUUGUAGUGAGUACGAAAGUAGGCGGUGUGCCUGAGGUGCUGCCUCCACACAUGAUCCGAUUGUCUCCGGUCAGUGCUUCAGGAUUAGCCUCUACACUGGCCAAUGCGAUCGAGGAGAUUCGUCAGCAGCGCCUGCAAUGGUCGCAGGAGAUUUCUCUAACUCGGUCGGUGUCUGUUGCGUCUCAGGCAAGUAAUGUGGGCUCUAAAUAA